AUGAAUAUUACAUCAAUAAAUCAGAGUUCGAAGAGUUUUCCACUCAGCGGCGAGUUCUCCUCUUCUCACGCCUCUUCUCCGGCGAAAUCGCCUCUACCUCACGGCCUCUUCGGCGGUUUCGCGCCCGGGGUGACUCCAAUCCCCCUCAAAUCGGACUUCUCUCUCAUUCACUUCUUCAAAUCCCUAAAAUUAGAGAACAAGGCAGCGCGCCUUUCCUCUCCGGUGAAAUCGCCGCUAGCUCGACGGGAUUUCAGAGUCCCGUCGGCGCGUACUCCUUCCUCCAUCGAGUUCUCCUUCUCCAGCGAACGCCCUCCGGCGAGUUCUCUUCCCUCUAGGCGACGUCAGCAGUGGAGAGGAGGCGUCGCCUCAACUCCGUGCCUCCGUAACUCGCCGCCUCGCCGGGUGCUGCUCUGUGUCGGCGCCUCCUCUGCGUCGCCGGCGAAUUCGCCUCGGCGUUCUCCGACGAGCGCUCUUCGUCCAGCGCCGGCGUCCUCGGUGAACCUAGCGGCAGAGAGGAGGCAUCGCCUCCUCCUCCCUCUCUCAGCCGCGACCUGCAGCUGCUCCGCGGAGGUUUUCGUUCUCCGUCGACGCUCUUCCGUCGCCCAGCAGCCUCGUCCCUGCUGCCGCCGUGAUCCGCAGCUUCUCCGCGGAAGUUCUUCGGCUCCGUCGACACUCGCCGUCGCCCGGUACAAGGCUGUAACUUGGAGCCUCAUGGGCUGAAAAUCGAGAAGGAUGGGGAAGAAGAAGAAGAGGGGAUCUUAUCCCUACUAUGCUUGCAUUCACAUUCUUACUUCUAGCUUGGAGCCAAAGUCUUAGGUCUUGAGACCAUUAGGAUAGUAGUAGCUUGUCAAUGUUCACUCUUGUACCAAAUAAAGAUGCAUGUACUUAAAUACUUUAUUCUCAUGCAUUUCUAUUUCUCCAAACAUUUUCACAUUUCUCUAGUGAAAGUAUUUCCUCCACUUUUA